GCAAAUUUUGUAAAUAUUUCAUGUAAGAUAAAAUAGUACUAUUAUAAUUUAUCCGUGCAUUAUUAAAAAUCAAAGUUUUUAAUGAAUUAUGUUGAGAUUCUUUUAAAGAUUUUAAAAUUUCAUUUAUACCCAUUUCUGGAAUAUCAAAUAAUUCAAGAUGAACUAAAUUAUGUUGAGAUCUUAUUAGAGAAGCAAGAUAAUAAGAUUCACGUGAUAUUUCUGUCGCUGUUCCAUUUCCACAAAAAGAGUAGAUAGGAUAAUCAAUUCUAAUGAUUAAUUUUUGAAUAUUAUAACAAAUUAGUGAAAGGAAAGAGAAUAUUUCAUAUUUCCUUUCUCUUAUAGUGAGUAUGAGUUCAGUUAAGUUGGCAAAAAAUUGAGUAAUUUCAGGAAUUUUUGAUUCCUUAAUUAAUAAUUUAAUAAUGUAAUUAUCCCAGUAACUAAAACGGUUGCAAUCAUCAUUGACAUCAUCUCUAUCAUAUUUAUCUACGUUAAUAAGAAAUGAACAAGGAUUUAUGUUAUUAAUCUUAUAGAAAAUAAAUUUUGUAUCAAAUGAAAGUAUUUUUAACUUUGGUGUGUUCAUAAUAAAGUAUUUCAUUAUACUUCCAAAUGUUAAAGGUGAAUAAU